UUCUACGAGUCACCGCGUGGGCCAAACUUAACCUGCACGUUUCACAGUGCGCAUGCUCGAGUUAGCUUCGAGUUUAUUUCUGCGGGAUGGCAGCAAGAGCGAAACGAGCCAAGGUGGAGGAUGGCUCAGAGCUGAGCCCUCUGCAGAGCUUUUUACAGUGGUGUGACGGAGUCGGCCUGGAGCUCAGCAGUAAGGUGUGCGUGAGUAAAGAGGGGAUCGUGGCCGAGUACGGGAUGCUGGCCAAGGAUGACAUUGAGGAGGGGGAAGUUUUGUUCACCAUCCCCAGAUCAGCUCUCCUCCAUCAGGGAACAACCAAAGUUUCUACCUUGCUGGAAAAAGAGCAGUCGUCUCUGCAGAGCUCGUCGGGUUGGGUUCCCCUGCUGCUGGCUCUGCUGUAUGAAUACACAUCCUCACAGUCCCACUGGAAAGCCUACCUCUCUUUGUGGACAGACUUCAAAACACUGGAUCAUCCCAUGUUCUGGUCUAAAGAGGAGAGAGGCAGGCUCCUGAAGGGAACAGGUGUGCCGGAGGCAGUGGACAGGGACCUGGCUAACAUCCAGCGGGAGUACACAGAUGUGGUCCUGCCAUUCAUGACCAGACAUCCUGACCUCUGGAACCCCGGCACACACACACUGGACUUGUACACACAGCUUGUGGCCUUUGUCAUGGCCUACAGUUUCCAAGAGCCACAAGACGAGGAGGAUGAGGAGGAGGAGGAAGAGGAGAAGCCUCCCAACCCACCAAUGAUGGUUCCCAUGGCUGACAUGCUUAACCAUGUGUCUAAUCACAAUGCUAAUCUGGAGUUCACACAAGAUAGCUUGAAGAUGGUCUGCGUGCGCCCUAUUCAUAAAGGCCAGGAGGUGUUUAACACGUACGGGCAGAUAGCCAACUGGCAGCUGCUUCACAUGUACGGCUUCACCGAGCCGUGUUCCAGCAACAGCAACGACACUGCCGACAUCCCCGUCGCUAACCUCUACGAAGCUGCCGCACGAGGUGCUCAGUCUGAUCUGGACCGGCAGCUGGUUGAGGAGCAGUGGGAGGUGUUGUGUCAGAUAAUGGAAGAGAAAGCAGCCUUCGUCUUCGGUAAACAAGGCUGCCUUACAGACACAGAGCUCCAUACUGCGCUCAAGGUGCUGUGCAUGUCAAAGGAAGAGCUUUCAGAGUUUAAAGACAACGAAGGAUGGGAAGAAGAUGACGAGGAUGAUGAGAAGAUAUCCCUGGCGCUCUCCAACGAGGGUCUUCCCAAGUUAAAGGCUUCAUGGAAAAGGCUGAUUUAUGAGGCGGCCUGUCUGACAUUGAGGUCCUAUGGAGACGGAGAGGAUGAGGAAAAAGUCAUGGAUGUCGACCGGGCGUUAAUGGAGGAUAAAGCGGCACUCAUGGGACUGAGCUGCAGGCAGUGGAAGGCGCUGCAAGUACGCUAUGGACAGAAGAGCAUCCUGCAUGGACUCAUGGAGCUAACCAAGUCAUGAGUUUGGCUCUGGCGGGGACCGCAGCCGAGGUUUUUAAUCUUAUGUGUGCGCCAUCGUUUUUAGAUGACACGGUUAAUAAAACAAGAUGUCUUACAAGAUG